CAUUCUCAUCAUUUGAAUCAGAAGUUGAAUUUCGUUUAACAUCGAUCAUCUUUACAUAUUCGAGUCACAAUCCAACAUCAAACAGCAAAAAUGAUCCGAACCAUCGCCAUCUUCGCUUUAUUAGUUGCCUGUGCUCAGGCUCGUAACAUUUCCUUCACCAACUGUGCAUCAAACGGAAAGAUCAUCAAUGUUAAUGUCGUACCUUGUGACAGUGAUCCAUGCGACUUUGAACCAGGACAAGAAGUUAAAUUAAACGGUUCAUUCGUUAGUUACAAAAGUGAAUCUAAUCCGGUUCUAAAAACUGAGGUUAAAAUGGGUAAUUCUUGGGUUCAAUAUCCCGAUGUUGAUACUGAUGCCUGUAAAUACACCACUUGUCCUGUUAAAGCUAAUAACACUUAUGCAUACAACGUUACUCUGAAAGUUGUCGAUUGGCCUGUAUCUUUUGAAACUGAAAUGCGAUUCCGUUUGCUCGACAUUCAUGCCCUGUCGAGUCUCGGUUUGGGUGAUAUAUUAAUGAAUCUGCAUGGAAGCGAAGAUAAAUGGUCGAAAAUUGAUAAAUGA